GAGAACGGGGAGCAGCCACCGGCAAGGGGAAGAGAUGGCUGCUCUUUCCUUCUACUACUCCGUCGUGGUGCUUGCUUCGCUGAGUUUGUUCCGACGCCUCGACGGCGGCGCUGCAUUUGACCCGCACUGGCUCCCAGCGACGGCCACUUGGUACGGCAGCGCCGAAGGUGACGGCAGCGACGGCGGGGCGUGCGGGUACGGGACGCUGGUGGAUGUGCGGCCGCUGCGAGCGCGGGUGGGGGCGGUGAGCCCGGUGCUGUUCAAGGGUGGCGAGGGGUGCGGCGUCUGCUACAAGGUGCGCUGCCUGGACCCCGCCAUCUGCUCCCGCCGCCCCUCCACCAUCAUCGUCACCGACGAGUGCCCCGGCGGGUAUUGCGCCUUCGGCCGCACCCACUUCGACCUCAGCGGCGCCGCCUUCGGCCGCAUGGCCAUCUCCGGCGGGGCCGAUCAGCUCCGCAACCGCGGCGAGAUCCCUGUCGUCUUCCGAAGGACUCCGUGCAAAUACCCUGGGAAGAACAUCGCAUUCCAUGUGAAUGAAGGUUCCACACGCUUUUGGCUAUCUCUUCUUGUGGAGUUUGAGGAUGCUGAUGGAGACAUCGGAUCCAUGCACAUUAAACAAGCAAAUUCUGUGUUGUGGCAAGAGAUGAAGCAUGUGUGGGGGGCAAGUUGGUGCAUCAUUGGGGGGCCUCUGCAGGGGCCUUUCUCAGUAAAGCUCACCACACUGACCACUCGAAAGACCCUCUCGGCCAGAGAUGUGAUUCCCAGGAACUGGACUCCCAAGGCCACCUACACCUCUCGCCUCAACUUCUCGUGAAGGAAUCUACAUCGUCACAUACUAUUUCGUUACUCUUUAGUCUAUGAAGCAAGUGUGUAUAUGUUUGCAGCCCUCUCCAAAGGGAAGAGUGAGCUUCUUGUUUACUUCCUGUUUGUGUGUUUGUUUGGUUGUAGGAUCCCAACAUGAAGAAAUGGAUGGGGUCCAAGAAUGAAUACUGUGUUUAAUAAAUGGAUAACGGUCAGAUUGUUUGGAGUGAGACUUCAUUGUCGAUUGUAGAGAUUGCAGGAUCACAUACAACAAGCUGUUAGAUUCUUGCCUGUGUGUGACAUGUGAAGAAAGUGAGGGACUGAUUGGGGCAUUGGCACAUGGUCUCUUGUUUAGUUGUUUAUGAUAGUGAUAUGGGGACUACUUUAGCUCAAUAACAAGGAAUGAAAUUGUACCUUUAGAAAUGGAAUAAAUAUAAGUGGCUUUUCUUA